CCACUAACCAUAUCUAUCGACAAUCAAGCGACCAUACAAAGCACAAUCAAUCAUCGUACCCGCCCUGGCUCAUACCUCGCAGACCGCUUCCGCCGCAUGAUGCAAAAGAUCGCAAACGACAACGAAGACUUUGACGUAACGGUACAUUGGGUACCGGGACACGCAAACAUCCAUGGAAACGAGGAAGCAGAUAAACAGGCCAAGAAAGCAGCAGAAGGACGUCAGAAUAACAGCCCUCGCACCCGGCUUCCUCACUACCUACGACUAGGAUCGUUGCCCCUCAGUAUAUCCGCCCUCAAGCAAGCUCACCAUCAAUCAACUCACGCCCGCUGGUCAAGAAUAUGGUCAAAAUCGCCUCGCUAUGCACGCACGCACAGUAUCGAUCCAAAUAUAUUAAAACGCUCAUUCAUUAAACUAACGCAAUCAUUCCCCAAACGCCUUACAGGACUUCUAAUGUGUUUACGCACCCAUCACGCCCCGCUGAAUCUACAUCUCAACCGAAUUGGAAAAUCCCUCACCGCCUCAUGCCCACAAGUCCCUGUAGGUAUAAUGCAUUAA